CCGGGACCGCUCCGCAUGCCCCGGCGGGACCGUGUGUCCGGGCUCGUGUCCGCGGUCUGUUUGCAAUCAGCCCCGGAGCCGCGUGCGGCCGGGCCGGGUGCCAGCCCCAGCCUGGAAAAGGGGGAGCGGGAGCGGCGGGAGCCAGAGCCAGGGAGCGCAGCCCGGCGAGCGGCCGCGGGACUGGGGAGGCGGCACCUGCCCUGCCCGGCCCUGCGGGACAACAAUCCGUGGGGACACGGGGACAUGGCCCGGCUGCUGCCCCUCCUGCUGCUCGCCGCCCUGGGCUGCGCGGCCAGGCCGGGCCGGCGGCCGGCGGCGGGGGACGAUGGAGCGGACGCCCAGAGACCCCCGGCGAGGGGCUGCGCCAACCUGACGCUGGUCCUGGACAACUGGAAAUUCGCCAUCACGUCCCAGCUGCGGAACCUGCUGCUGUCGGACCACCAGACCGUGCUGCCCGACUACGGCCGGAUCCCGGCGCUGUCGGGGGCCCUGGACGAGCUGUACCGGGAUUUCCGCGGCCUGAAGGAGCAGCUGGGCCGGCUCUCGGAUCGCUUCGCCCACCUCGAAGCCUCCGUGGAGCAGCUGAGCCGGGCCCGGGGCGCUGCAGCCCCCCCGCGCCGGGCAGGGAUCCCCCAGAGCCCCCGCAGGGCCCCCGGGAGCCCGCAGUGAGCGAGCCUCGCCCGGGCCCGGGGCGGGGGCGGCGGCCGGGGGGCUCCGCCAGGCUGGGGGGACGGGGGCAAGGCUUGGGGGGCUCGGGCUGGGGGCGGCAGAGGCAUCACCUGGGGG